UGCUGAAGAUUAUCACAGUGAUGUCUGCAUUCAACCUGCUGCACUUGGUGACAAAGAGCCAGCCCGUGGCCCUGCGAGCCUGUGGGCUGCCCUCAGGGUCAUGUAGGGAUAAAAAGAACUGUAAGGUGGUCUUUUCCCAGCAGGAACUGAGGAAGCGGCUGACUCCCCUACAGUACCAUGUCACUCAGGAGAAAGGCACGGAAAGUGCCUUUGAAGGAGAAUACACACAUCACAAAGACCCUGGAAUAUAUAAGUGUGUUGUCUGUGGAACUCCAUUGUUCAA